AUGGAAGAGGUAGUCUCGCAGUUUAUCGCCCUCGAAUUUACGAUGAAGAGCCUGGGCGUGCGCUCGGAAAAGGUGAGUCCGACAAUCUCUUCUUUCUUCGAGAAUGUGCAGUCGAUUGCCGCUUCCGCUUCUCAUUCAAUGGUAGUUAAGAAUGAGGAAAACGGCGCGACCAGUCUGUGGACCUUUGGUCUCAACGAUUAUGGUCAGCUGGGUGUCAGCAUUCCUGAAACUGAGGACGAACUGAGUAUUCGUCUUCCGGACACUAGAGAUCAGUGCACACAGUCCUCUUCGAAUUUAGACGCCUCCUCUGCACAGCCGUUGCCUAGCGAUGCUAAAAAUGAGAGCCGCCCGGAAGGAGGGUCCGAAAAUCAGAAGGGAGACCCAGAAAAGGGGGUCGAUUACCGUUUGACACCUGUACUGGUAACUUCUCUUUCAAAACACAAAAUCAUACGGAUAUCUUGCGGGAGCACACACGCGGCCGUCGUCACUGAUCAAGGGAAACUAUUUACGUGGGGACAGGGUAUAUACGGACAGCUUGGGCUGGGUGCGGUGCUUCAGAGGUACACACCGUACGAAGUGACCACUUUAGGAAGCGAGGUGUUUAUCAACGAUGUACAGGCUGGGUCUUUCCACACUGCUAUUAUCACGAGCGCGCAUUCCUUGUACACAUGUGGGGCAGGUACUCAUGGCGAAUUGGGCCACGGCGACUUCAAGAAUUUGUACUACUUUACUAUGGUGAGCUAUCUCAAGAAACUAAAGAUUGUCCAAGUUUCUUGUGGAAGGUAUCAUACCGCCGCAGUUACGAGUGGUGGCUCGGUUUACACUUUUGGGGCGGGCGAACACUAUCAACUUGGACAUGGAAACGACCUGAGUCUUUCAACGCCUAAAUGCAUCGACAUAUUCAAAAGGAUCAAGGCUAAAAUUAAGCAGGUUUCCUGCGGCGCGUAUCACACUGUAUCUGUAUCAGUGUGUGGCCAGCUUUUUGUCUGGGGAACUGGAAAAGAAGGCGAGCUGGGACUGGGAACUCAAAAUAAAGUUGCUACCGUGCCGACGUUGAAUGACAUUCAUCACGACAUGUCUGUCUCUAAAGCGUAUGCAUCGGACGGGUGUACUAUGGUAAUCAGCGAUGUUGGGAAGAUUUGGGCCAUGGGCGCCAACGCCUACAACAUUUUCGACCAACCGACUGACCAGCGCGCUGAUUAG